UUGCUACUGAUCUCCUGCAUUGUCAUGUGCACAAUUGCAACGUGGGGGGUCUUCUUUUGGGGUUGUCAAUGUGCACUAGGAAGCAGUAGAUGACUUGAGUAGCAGUGUUUGUCAAUGUGCGCUAGGAAGCAGUAGAUGACCUGAGUAGCAGUGUUCGUGAAGAAAGGGACAAAGCUAGCAUGCAUCACAAGGUAGUAGAACAAGAAAGGCACAAGAAAAGAACAAGUUCGUUCAUCCAUUCAUAUAAACAAGAGCACAAACAUGCAGCCCAGACCCAAAAGAAAAGAACCUCCUUCAGGCUUUGAGCUCACAUCCUGACAGCCAUCUCAAAUCACAUACCAGAAACACUCUACUAGCUGAAGCUUUUACUAACAACAGCUGAAGCAACAGCAGCCAGGGAGCAGCAGCAAGACACACCAAACAACACCAGUGGUCAGUCAGUCUGUCGGAGUGACGACGAUGCUUGCAACAAUCCUGCUCCUCCUCCUGUCGAUCACGGUCGCCGACGGGGCCAGCAUCGGCGUGGUCUACGGCCGGCGAGCGACCCGUCUCCCACCGCCAUCCUCCGUGGCACGGUUCCUUGCCCGUGGCACCGUCUUCAACCGUGUUCGGCUCCGCAACGCCGACCCGGUCGCCGUGCGCGCCUUUGCCGGCACGGGGCUCGCCGUCGACGUCACCGUCCCGAACAAGCUCCUCCCGCGCCUGGCCGCCAGCCAGGCCUCGGCGCGCCGCUGGGUGCGCGCCAACGUGGCGCUCCACGUGGCCGCCGGCGUCAACGUGUCACGCAUCCUCGUGGGCCACGAGGUCGCCUCCCAGACCGACGUGGCGCUCGCGCUGGCCCUCGCCCCUGCCAUGGAGAACCUCCACGCCGCGCUCCUGGGCGCCGGCGCCGGCGCCGGCGCAGUCGAGGUCUCCACGGCGCACUCGUUGAGCGUGCUCGCCACGUCGUCGCCGCCGUCCGCCGGCAAGUUCUCCGCCGCCGCCGAAACGGUCAUGAAGCCCGUGCUCGCCUUCCUCCGGGCCACGGGCGCGCCGUUCAUGGUGAACGCGUACCCGUACUACGCCCUCACCGGCGCCGGAGACGACGAUGGUAACAACAACGACACCCGCGCCCUCGACUUCGCGCUGUUCCGGGGAUCCUCCAUUGCGGCGGGCGUCAUGGAUCCGGGCACGGGGCUGCUGUACACGAACGCGCUGGACGCGGAGCUCGACGCGGCCCACGCGGCCAUGGCGCGGUUAGGGUUCGGGGACGGCGUGGAUCUGGCCGUGGCGGAGACCGGGUGGCCGUCGGCGGGGGAGGACUGGGAGCCGGCCGCCGGCGCGGGCGCGGCAAGCCUCGCGGCGGAGUACAACCGGAACGCGGUCCGCCACCUGGGGUCCGGCGUGGGCACGCCACUGAUGCCGGGCCGCGCUUUCGAGGUCUCCAUCUGCUCCCUCUUCGACGAGGACCUGAGGCCCGGCCCCGUCUCCGAGCGCCGCUUCGGGCUCUUCCGCGCCGACGACUUCUCCCCCGUCUACGACGCCGGCAUCCUCUCCGCCGCCGCCGCCGCGCCCGAGGUGAGCGUGAAGGUAACGCCGGCGCCGGAGACGAACACGACGAAGGGAGGGCAGCGGCAAUGGUGCGUGCCGAAGCCGGCGGCGGACGUGGUGGCGCUGCAGGACAACAUCGACUUCGCGUGCGGGCAAGGGGGCGGCGGCGUGGGCGUCGAUUGUGGCGAGAUUCGGCCGGGGGGAAGCUGCUAUGAGCCGGACACGGUGGAGGGGCACGCGGCGUACGCCAUGAAUCUAUAUUUCCGGAGCAGCGGGGGGCACGAGUUCGACUGCGAGUUCGGCCACACCGGCGCCAUCACCACCGUCGAUCCAAGUUUUGGAAGUUGCAAAUUUACAUGAAUGGAAAAGAUAUGGCAAGAGGAGCAGGGGACGUGUGUUUGUUUUGGAUUCCAGCAAGAUUUUUAUAUGCAAUAUUUGUUUGUCAGUUAAUUAGUGCGAUGGCUAGAUAGUGUGAAGAAUGGCAAAAUGGGAAGUGUCAAAUUGUUCCUUUUGCAUGUACGUGAACUUGUGUCUUCUGUGUGUGAAGAAAAUAUUGUUGCAAACUGUACAAAAAUGGAACGUGGAUAUAUCUAAGGUGCUGAUUAUAAGUAAAAACUUUACAUCUCA